GUCUCUUUUAUUUUUACCCUGGUUUACCAAGCAGCACCGGCACCCCGCAUCCGUCGAGCUCACACUGUAGCCAUAGGGCGGUAGGUUCACAGAGCUGACAGACAAAGUGUGUGUGGUUCAUAACCACAGAGAGUAUGAAAUGCUGUUCUCUAUUCUGCACACUUACACAUUAAACGCCUGCUGAGGGUGAUGGUUAACAAUGGGAGGAGCACACAUCACAAAAGACAAACCUGAGCUCUCACCACAGGAUGCUGCUCUGGUGGGUGCUGUAGCUCAGUGUGUGUGUGUGUGUGUGCUAUGACCUGUGUUAGCUGGAGAGGACUAUUAAUUUUCUUUAAGGCAGUGCCAACUGAGCCUCUUUAGACGUGCACACAUAUAAAGACUGUUAAAGUCGGUAAACGCUGCUUCCCAUUUGAGCUGUGGGAAAAUAGGUGAGGCAGUGUGUGUGGAUUUUGUGUCACCUCGUACAAACACAGCUCUGAUUUGUAGUCGUCCUGUCUUGUCAGCUGUACUCUGAUCCUAUAAAAGUUUAUGUAGUCUGAACUUCCUGAAAACAGCAAAGUCACAAUCGCUUUUUAACCAAUAAAACUGUUGGACUAAGGAUGACACUCAUGCUUUGACCUGAGUCGCCUCUCUUCAUUCGUGUGCUGGGUGCUAUCAGCGUUACUCUUUAGCUAACUGUCUUUACAGUUAAAACUAUUAAAGUCGGCUACACCAAGCUACACUCUGAGCAUGGCUGCCAUUCCAGCCGAGAAGAGGCAGGGGGGGUUGUCAAAGCCUGUGCAUUGAUUGGUCUGUAUACUAGCCGGGCUCUUCAGUGUGUCUGUGUGGUCCCAGUAAGAGGGAUCCUCCAAGAUCAACGAGUAAAUCCAGGAGUUCAUUUCAUUCGUAACUCUUCUCCCUCUACUUGCAUGUUAUCUAAAAUAGUAGACUCAUUAAAACAGAGUUAGAUCUUAACUCGUCAAAAGAAGAGAAGAGAUAUGUAAUGUGACCAAAAAUAGCACCAAACUGAAGAGAGCAUUUUUGUUUGUUUGUUUUUUUUAAGAGAAGUAAAAAAGAGGAAGGAGAAUAACGAGCCGUGUCACAGUGAAUAAAAUGUGCAUAACUCCACAAAUAUGGCUUACUUUGAUCACGUUUGCGUGAUCAAAGCUUGUUCUGGUCUCAAACUAAAUGUGCUGUGUCACUGUCCUUGGGACGCAGUGCUACCUCUGCUGUAAUAAAGCUGGUUGCCUUGUCAUUUUAUCCUCUUUUUGUGGAGCAGUUUGUCCUUCUGUUAACUCUUAUGACACAAACCACAAAUGCUGAUGCUGUUUGACACUUUAUUACAAAGCGUCAGGUUAGGUGUUGUGUGCUUGUGAAUGCAGACGAGCAGAAAAGCAGGUGACCAAGCUCAUUUGAUCUGUGGGUUUAAAAAUGAAGUGUGCAGAAUGAGGAAGAAAGAGGAGGACAGAAAAUUAGUAGCAUAGUCAGCUUGGUUAUAGAGGAAGUUAGUCACGUUAAAUCUUAUCCAUUGCUUUCUAUCUUUCUCUUUCUGCCUCGUUACAGCACCAGCCUUGGCUCUGGGCUCGGCUGCAGGCUUGCUUUCAGGAUUGCAGGGGUUUUCUGUGCAUUCCAAGUCUGUGCUGGGAAUAUGGGCUCUGCUGCCAGUCAGAAUGGCUCAUUCAUGCUGAGCACAAUGAUCCUGUUUGAGGCACAAGUCCUUACCCACGCUGUUUGAUUGGCAAUAUAUUCAGCAUCUAUUUACUUCAUCCAUUAUGCAUUGAGUCAGAUCUGUUUGGCAUUAAUGAUUCUCUCUUGUUUACUCUCUACUUGAUGCAUAAGAAUAAACAAAACUGAGACAAACAAAGAUAUUUAACGAAUGAAGAAAUUGUUUGAGUAUAGAACAGAAAUGUGCAGAUCUAUAGAGCUGGGCACAUUUGCUCCCAAAAUAUUGGCUAACAAAGAACAAGAAGAAAACUGCUGACGUUAGCCUGUCCCACACUUCAUAGUAGAUUCUAGUAGUAGUUGGUCACAUUGUAACCUCACAACUUUAUUUCCAGAUUAAAAUUAAUCACGUCUAUUGCAUUACUGUGAGAAGCUCUGAACUGUUGCUGGCACGACCUUCCAGAAAUGCCGUGCGCUGUCGCUCACCUUCUGUACGCGGCAUCCGUACAGUCUGUCGCCUCCGGCUGCUCGGUGCGUAAGAACAACAGGCACAUUUCACUGAUUUAAUCGUCGUGAACUGAAGCCAGCAUCAGAAGAGCAAUAACAACUUAGUCGUUAGCGGCAGUUUGUGGGAAUUUCUCAUGUGGUUAUUUUUGGAUCUGGAGCUACAAUUAGGUUCAGGAAGUCGUGAGAUUUUUGCCAAAGUGUUGUAAAUAUAAAUGUUAUUAAUAGAAAUCUUUUUUAUAAAGGAGCAAUUUGCAAGGAAUUUAAACAGAGCUGCUUUAGUUGAAGAACUAGUUAAAGGACUCUGUGGCACAAACACUGAACUCACGCAAAUAGUGUACGCACUAUUGUAUAGACAUUUUUGCCUUUUUAUACCCAGGCUGAUAUGCUGCACAGAGGUUUCCUCUUUCACAAAUCUCCAGUUAAUCUGUUGGACCCUUGAGAUCCAGUUGAUUUAGGCUCAUCAUGAAGAGCUUGUCGUAAAUAAGCAUUGUUGUUCAUUUAUGAACAUACAGGUCUCCCAGGACUCGGUCAGGCAUGGUAAUCGGGCAGACAUGCUAUUGAUUGACACAUUUGGGAGCUUCUGCCACACCAGCUGUGAUCUUUCUGGGGGGUUUUUUAGACCUGCAGGUCAUGUGGAUGAAGGAGGAGAUGACAAGAAAAAUGAGAUGACUGUGAUGAGCAAGAUGCUGUGAAAAAAGGCACACAGAGGAAAAGACUGUGGCCUGUUGAUGUUAUCACAGACUGCAACAGUCAAGCUCUGCCUUAGGUCUCAGUGAUUGUAGCGUACACUGCUGUUUGGAUCUCAGCUAUGUGCUCUCAUAGCCCUCUGAUACUAACUUUAUUUUUCUUAGUAUCCCUGGUUGUGGUAGAGCUAUUUGGAUCAGUUGUGGAACUUAGUGUCUGCCAUCUGGAGUGGCAAACAUGUUUAAAUGGUCUGUUAUAGUCAUUCUUCUCCAGAGAAUGAUUAUCCCUGCAACAGCAAACAGGAAGCCUAUAGUUUCCAUCUCUUCCUGUCUCUAUGGGACGGGGGGAAGGGUCCGUAGUGUUAUUCAGCUCGAGGAUUGUAGCACAUCCAGUCACCCAGUUGGCCUGCCCUCAUUAGACAUGGGCCGGAGAGCAUGUUCACAUCAUGCUUAUCUUCACAUGCUGGAGCUUUGUAGGGUGCCUGGUGGUAAACAAAGAGGCACAGUGAUGUGCAGAUUUUAUGAGGCAAGAAGUGUGGCAUUUUGUAGCUGAAAACAAAGACUGUCACAGGUCUGUGAUCUCAGCAAAAACAGCACAGGAUACUGCUCACCAUAUAAAACAAUCUGCAUAGAUAGCAUCUAGCAGCCGAAGAGUCUGCGCUGAAAGAGAAGCUAAAAACAAGAGGGAAUCCCAGCUUACAAUCCCAGUAUUGCAAAUAGGUAACUGCUAAAGCAGUGAAUGACGAAGAUGAAACCAAGCCUGAACAUGGAUGAUGCAUUCUGCAGCUACUUUGCAGCUACUUUGUGUCAGGGGUAAAUGAAAGCCCAACAAACUGGCAUUAAAUUCAGGUACCAGAAAAACCAGCUUAUUCUUUUAAGUGUUAUAUGGACAACAAACGAUGUCAAUUUCCCACGUUUGCUCCAUGAGCUGGAGACGCGGGGUCUCAUCUGGUUGUCUUGAAUACACAAAACGCUUACAAGGCCUUUUAAUUUUCUCUCUAUUAUGCCUGCGACAGAAAGCCAUCACUCUCUGGUAAUUGUCCAUAAUGGAAGAACGAGAUUGAACAGAGACAGACGCAUCUGGUCUCUUUCACUAGCCUCUGAGUCAAGCAAGAAAAGCUCGCACACAUUUUAUCACCACCGUGAACAUACGAUUAAAGGGGUGUGACUUGGCAUGCUAAUACAUUCACGCUAUUCCAUUAUUUAUGAGUUACAUCUGAAUAGCAGUUAUCUCAAUCUAGGGCAGCCUUGCAUAUUAAGCUUAGCUCACUUUGCCUUCUUUGUGUCUUUUUGGUGGAUUUUCUUUUGAAUAAUAAUCUCUUUAUCUCAUCGUUAUAGAAUUACAUCAGCAGCAUCCUCUCUUUACACUUAUUUAUAUCAGGACUGAGACUAGGUUAAGGUUCAGCUCCGUGCAGUCAGUUUAAGGUGAAUAACAUUUUAGAGAAAUUAGCAGGGUGGAUCAAAUGUUCAUUAUAAUGUAAAAUGGGUUAAAUAAUGGGUUGUAAAACAAUUUUGCAUGAACACAGAUGACUAAAUGUGAACUGUUACAGUUGGUUAAUUUUUAUCUCUCACUUCUCCAUAUCAUAGUCACUCCUUUAUCCACCUUUCUUCACCAGUGAUUUAUUGCAUUUCUUUAACUCCUCCUUUGCUUUUUCCUGCCUUCUCACAUUCUCCUCCCUCCUCACCAGCUCUCAAAGCAUUCUAAGGGAGUCAUGAAAGUGACCGUGAAUAAAUAUCUUGUAGGGCGACCUGUCCCUCCUCCCUUCCUGCAAUUGUCUGCUUCACCAGGUGACUCUAGUUUCCAGGGAACCGGUUUGUGCAGUGAUACAGAGACUCCAAAGCUCUCACGGGUACACACACAUGAGCUUACCAGCCAAGAAGGAAACGUGUGUGUGUGUGUGUGUGAGAAGAACAGACUGUAAUUUCUCAUAAAUAUGGAUACUCCUGAAUGGAAAAGACACUAUAGGAUUGAUAACCAUUCUGUGUUUACCCGGCUGGGGAAAACACAAGUCUUUUUGGGAGGAGUGCUGGCAGAGAGGAAGGGCAAAGCUACCUGUUUCCAGUCGGAGAACACUGAAGAGCAGACCUGUGUGGCGGUGAAGAUCGAACAGUCCAUAGCUCUAGGCAGCAGCCCAGGGUCAGAACGCAGCGAAUCGCCGAGUGUGCAGGCGUGUCUGAAUCGGGUGACUGCAAGGACGACCGACAAGAGCCGGGGAGGGGUCAAUGGAAGAGUCCCUGGCGGCAGGCCUCGGCUGCAGUCUAAACCACCAGUGCCUCCAAAGCCACUGCACCUCCAAAGCCCAGUGACAGAUAUCCCAUCCCCAUUGGGCUACAUCCAGAAACCCCCACUUAUAAGCAGGAUGGAGGACGGAAGUGGAGGAGGAAAAACGGGGGCUGUCAGCCGGGAGAGACCCAGAGAGAAACCCUCCAAAGUCUUAGACCUGAUCAGCCGCUUUGAGGAGAACAGCAACACAGAAAACAAGAGAGACAGCUCACCGCUCAAACACAUCAACAAGUCUGCCAACUGCAGUCCAGCUCACCGUGCAUGUCCAAAGACGGAGACCAGCAGGAACACCUCUGCGGCGGCCACGACACAAGAUGCCAACAGGCAAGCAGCGAACGGGGUGCUAGUGCAGAUGGACAAGGACAACGAGAAGGAGAAGGAGGAUACAGAGGAGAAUCAUGAAAGUGUGAGGACAGAGACUGCUGAGCUUGUAAAUGGAGAUAUGGGGAGCUCGGAACAGAGCGAUGAUCAUUCGCCUUCACACGUGGACAGGACUGGUACAGAGACUGAGAAUGAGGAGACUGAUGCUAAGACAGAAGGCGAGCACAAGAAUGAAGAAGGGAGCACAGACCACAAGGAGACAAACGAACAGAAACUAUUUAAAAUCGCCAGCGAGCUCUUGCACACAGAGAAGGCUUACGUGGCUCGACUGAACCUGCUGGACCAGGAGUUUUGUGCUAAGCUAAUGGAGGAGGCCAAUAAGGGAACAUUCCCUGUGGACGUAGUAAAGAACAUCUUCUCCAAUAUCUCCUCCAUCCACGCCUUUCACAGCCAGUUUCUGCUUCCCGACCUGGAGAAACGGAUGGGAGAAUGGGACUCUAAACCUCGCAUUGGGGACAUCCUGCAGAAACUCACACCCUUCCUCAAAAUGUAUGCAGAAUAUGUGAAGAAUUUCGACAAAGCCAUGGAGUUGCUGAAGCAGUGGACAGACCGUUCACCUCAGUUUAAGGCUAUAAUUCAGGAGAUACAGAGUCAAGAGAUCUGUGGGUGUCUAACGCUUCAGCAUCACAUGUUGGAGCCAGUGCAGCGCGUCCCUCGAUAUGAGAUGUUGCUUAAAGACUACCUGAAGAAGCUGCCUCAGGACGACCCCGAUCGAAGAGAUGCAGAAAGAUCAUUAGAGAUUAUUGGAACAGCAGCUACUCACUCCAACAGUGCCAUAAGAAAGUCUGAAAAUCUAAAGAAACUGCUGGAAAUUUACGAGAUGCUGGGUGAAGAGGAGGACAUUGUUAAUCCUUCCAACGAGUUCAUCAAAGAGGGCCAAAUCUUGAAGCUGGCGGCCAGGAACACGUCAGCAAUGGAGCGAUACCUCUUCCUGUUCAACAAUAUGCUGUUAUACUGCGUCCCGAAAUUCAGCCUGGGAGGUCCUAAAUAUACGGUGAGGACUCGAAUCGGCAUCGAUGGGAUGAAGGUCCUGGAAACAAUCAAUGAGGACUACCCUCAUACCUUCCAAGUGUCUGGGAAGGAGAGGACACUUGAACUCCAGGCCAGCUCAGAGCAAGACAAGGCUGACUGGAUCAAGGCUUUCCAGGCGAUCAUCGAGAUCUUCCAGCAGAAAAACGAGUCAUUCAAGAAUGCACUAAAAGACAUGGACGAAGUGUCGAAAGCUGAGCUGGGAAAGCGCGCGCCGCGCUGGAUUCGUGACAACGAAGUGACAAUGUGUAUGAAGUGUAAGGAGUCUUUCAAUGCUAUUACACGUCGGAGACACCACUGCAGAGCCUGCGGCUACGUGGUGUGCUGGAAAUGCUCAGACUAUAAAGCGCCGCUUGAAUACGAUGGCAACAAAAUGAACAAAGUGUGCAAGGACUGCCACUGCAUCCUGACUGGAGAGGCGAUAGCAGAGGGCAAGAAAAAGGGCAUUCUCGAGAUUGAAGCCGGUCAGUUUGCAGACAGCAGCAUCAUGUGUGGCUUCCUGCAGCACUCUGAGAAGAGCAAAAUUUGGCAGAAGUGUUGGUGCGUCAUCCCUGAGAAGGAGAGUCUGGUGCUUUACCUCUAUGGAGCUCCACAGGAUGUAAAAGCACAAUGCACCAUACCCCUGGUGGGUUAUUCUGUGGACGACACCACCCGGCCCACAGACCCACCGGCAAGCUUCCACAUCUCCCAGUCCAAGUCCACCCACAACUUUGCUGCUGAGACCGAGGAACUUAAGCAGCGCUGGUUGAAAGUAAUUCGAGUGGCGGUGAAGGGAGAGAUACCGGAACGUCCCGAGACCAACGGCAGCGGCGUGUCGGAUAACAACAACACGGAGGAAGCCAGCACUGAUAACACAUAAGGGCUUGUUUUCUACAAACUGCUUUUGCACUUGCAAACAUGCAAACUGCAGUUGGAUUGUUCAAAUAAAAAGAUGGGAUGUGCAGAUUUAUUCUGCAUGCACAAAAUACGAACACUUGCUAUCCGUUCUGUCGUCGAAUCUUUAUCUUAAAGACAGCAUGGGAAACAAAGUGCUGGAUAAGCUGCCUCUCCUCGUGUCUCUCGUGUGUCUUUGUUAACGCCUGGAUUUUCUCCUGCAAGAUUCACUGCUAGAGCUGUGCUGGAUUACUAACAGACACUUCUGAUACAAUCAACACUAGAACAGAGGGGCCUCAGGAUAGAUCGCCUUCCCUCAAACAGGCACUAUUAAUGAAAGCGCAAAAUCACUCUCCGUGGACUUGAGCCAGUGGACUACCGCAGACUUAACAAAGUACCCUGUGAGGAUGUGAAUCACAGCAGGAAAGGUGGUCCAACUAAGUCUGCUGGUGCUGUAUUUCUCUGUACAUGUACAGUAUAAAUGUUUGUUUUUUUUCCCUAAAUGAACAGUUUUGUUUUUAUGUACAGACAUUAGUCAGACUUGGUUUCUAUUAAAUAGAAAAACCUCUAAAUGUGCUAUAAAGAAUUUACAGUAUUUCCCCUUUUCUUUGGUUGAGAUUGUUCCAAAUCUGUAACAGUGAUCAUGUGGUUGGAUAAUGAUGGUCUCGUCUCUCCUCUUAAAAGCAAAAGAAAGUUUCAACCUUUUAAUCUGAAACAAACUUACAGAUGAAGCAACAUUAACACGUAAAGAUGGAUUCUGUUAGAAGUAGAGCCCGGUGGAUGCGAUUUUUAAUCCUAUGCCAAUUUUUUAAUGGAGUGUAUAAUUCCAGUGUUGAUAUAUAAGAUGAUAUUUUUAUAUAUGUCCAGUUACAGCAGUGUUUUUUCACAAAAUAGUUACAACCUACUGUGAAGACUCCGUUCGACAUGCUCGAUGCAUUUCUAAACCUCCCCCGAGCAACGUUAUCUGCAAAUGUAAAUUUAGUUCUCAUCCUGCGGUUACGUAGCUGUGAUGGGCGAAAACACCAGUCAGUCCCAGAGUUGGCUGAAUCUGAAAUGGCAGCUUUGUACACGUCAGCGUGUUCACAGAGAGAGGAGCAGGGAUCAUCAUUAUCCACGUGUCAGGGUUUCUGUUCGGACGCAUAUGCAGCACAAUCGGUAUAGCAAGCUGGUGCAACAACUGUAAAUGUGUUUGUAAUGCUGUAAUUAAUUUUAUUAUUUAAAGUAAUUUAUAGACUACGCGAGCAUGAUCUGUUAAACCUGGGACAAAUGUUUCCGUGUGUCAGCUGAGAAGAGCAUUCGGUACAUCCCUUAUUUUAAGAUUAUUUUUUUCUUUUUCCACCACCAACCCAUGAAAUGUGUCACAGAGAUCAGUCACAGUCCACGAUGGACUGUGGUGAGGAAAUGUGCCUAUAUUUUCCACGGCGUUUCCCCCCUCCCCCCGUGCUCAAUGCUGGUGCUCACCUCUCUGAACUAUUUCCGCCCGCCCCCAGUCGCCUGUAUUCAAAUAAAAACUAAGAGCACAAAACUUCUGUCUGCUAGAUCUGAAUGUAAAAGCUAGAUUUUUAUGCGUCCUCUCGUCCCUUUCCCAAAGGUUUAAGAAUCUACGCACUUUACGGUCUUAUAAAGUGUACCUUCAAA